UGUGUAACAUUACACAAGUAAAGAAAAAUACGAAUCAGCUGAAUUUUGUUUUACGAAUUUUCGAACAAGAGUAUUCUCAGUCUCGUGGGGAGUAGGGUUAGGUUGACCGUAAUUUAGAAGUGUUCAGCGGCAAUCGCUCAGUUGUUCCCGCCAUUUUCAAUUUGUACAUUGGUUGCACUGGUUGAGGUAUACUUUAUACGAUCUAAAAAACCGUUGUUCUCGUUCAAGAUUUCUCUUUUAGCUAGGUUCAAGCGACAUGGAUAACGCUCAAAAACGCAAAGGAAGCGAGGAGGUUGGCAGCUCUGCAAAACGAUCCCGCCAUGAUGAGGGAAACCCGCGAACCUUCGAGGAAGAGUUGGCUUUGCUCGGUGAAGUCGUGGACAAAGAUCCAGCUCACAAGUGGUCCAGACCGGCUGCACCGAAGUUAAAUCCUUCCUCUGAAAGCCUCGUAUUUCAGCAGUUGGAGGUGGACAACUACAUCGGUAAACCCCUACAGGGAAUGCCAGGGUCCAAGGUUGGUCCAGUACCGAUAGUUCAGAUGUAUGGGGUGACAAUGGAGGGGAACAGUGUCCUUUGUCAUAUCCACGGGUUCGUACCAUAUUUUUACGUCCCAGCUCCGUCAGGAUUUCAGCAGAGUUACUGCAGUGUAUUUCGGGAUUGUCUUGAUAAAGCUGUGUUGGGAGACAUGAGAUCAAAUAAGGAUGUUACUCAGGCUGUUCUUGCCGUUGACUGUGAGACAAAGGAGAGUAUUUAUGGAUACCAUAGCAACAGGAAGAUCCCAUUCCUUCGCAUCACCAUGGCACUGCCAAAACUUGUUGCACCAGCUAAACGGAUUUUGGAGACUGGCUUUAAAUAUGCAGAUCUCCCAGAAAGAGGAUAUUCCACUUAUGAAAGCAACAUUGAUUAUGAGGUUCGAUUCAUGGUAGACACAAGUGUUGUGGGCUGUAACUGGAUAGAAUUACCAGCUGGGAAAUACAGAGUGCGUUCACCUUCCAUGGGAGGUAGUGGAAAAAGUGAGGCCCAGCCUGUGUCUCAUUGUCAAAUUGAAGUGGAUGUUGCCUAUGAUGAGUUCAUUAGUCACAGUCCUGAAGGUGAAUGGUCUAAAGUGGCUCCAGUUCGAAUCCUGAGUUUUGACAUAGAAUGUGCUGGCAGAAAGGGAGUGUUUCCUGAACCAGAGAAAGAUUCAGUGAUUCAGAUUGCAAACAUGGUCAUAAACCAGGGUGAUAAGGAUCCAUUCAUCAGAAAUGUGUUCACACUGAACUCCUGUGCUCCAAUUGUAGGGUCACAUGUUUUGUCAUAUAAAAGGGAACAAGAUAUGCUUCAGGCAUGGAGUGAUUUUGUAAAAAAAGUGGACCCUGACAUCAUAACUGGAUACAAUGUUGUGAACUUUGACCUUCCCUAUUUACUGAAUCGAGCAGCAGCUUUGAAGGUUCAGUCCUUUUCAUUCCUUGGACGUGUGAGAGAUGAAAAGAGCACCAUAUCAAACACAGUUUUUCAAUCCCGUGCUUAUGGCAAACGUGAGAACAAAGUCAUAAACAUUUCUGGACGUGUUCAGUUUGAUCUGUUACAUGCCUUGCUGAGAGAUUACAAACUGAGAUCUUACACCCUGAAUUAUGUCAGUUUUUAUUUUCUACAAGAACAGAAAGAAGAUGUACAGCACAAUAUUAUAACAGAUUUACAGAAUGGAAACGACCAAACCCGUCGCAGACUGGCCAUUUAUUGUAUGAAAGAUGCUAUUCUUCCUCUGAGGUUACUAGAAAAACUUAUGUGCCUUAUUAACUAUAUGGAGAUGGCACGAGUCACUGGUGUUCCUCUUAGUUAUCUCUUAUCAAGAGGACAGCAGAUAAAAGUUGUUUCACAGCUCCUCAGAAAGUCUAAAGAGCAAGACUUGUUACUUCCUGCUCACAAGGCAGAAGCUGGAGAUGAAUACACUGGAGCCACAGUCAUUGAACCAUCUAAAGGGUAUUAUGACAUUCCUAUUGCAACACUUGAUUUCUCUUCAUUGUACCCAUCCAUCAUGAUGGCUCACAAUUUGUGUUACACCUCUCUUCUGCAUCAUAGUGAUCUGGCUAACUCUGUGUAUGGGUUUACUGGAGCACAAGUUGGAAAGCUUCCCUGUCUGCCAAUUUCACAGAGUGUGACGGCUUUUGGGCGCAUGAUGAUAGAGAGAACAAAAGAACUUGUUGAAGAAAAAUAUACAGUGGAUAAUGGGUACAAAACAAAUGCUCAGGUCAUCUAUGGAGACACAGAUUCUGUAAUGGUCAAGUUUGGAGUGGAUUCUGUUGCAGAGAGCAUGGAACUUGGUAAAGAAGCUGCAGGUUAUGUAUCUGGUCACUUUAUCAAACCCAUCAAAUUGGAGUUUGAGAAGGUGUAUUUUCCAUAUCUUCUGAUCAGCAAGAAGCGCUAUGCUGGAUUGUACUUUACUAAAGCCGAUAAGCAUGACAAAAUGGACUGCAAGGGAAUAGAAACAGUAAGAAGAGAUAACUGCCCUCUGGUUGCAAACCUUAUUAACUCCUGCUUACAAAAAAUUCUCAUUGAGAGGGAUCCCAUGGGAGCUGUUGAUUACACAAAGCAAGUGAUAUCAGACCUUCUGUGCAACAGAAUUGAUAUCUCACAGCUGGUGAUAACAAAGGAGUUGACCAAGACAGGGGAUGAAUAUGCUGGGAAACAAGCACAUUCUGAGCUGGCAGAGAGAAUGCGGAAACGCGAUGCUGGUUCUGCUCCCAAGCUGGGAGACAGAGUCCCAUAUGUCAUUAUUGCAGGUGCUAAAGGAGAGAAAGCUUAUGAAAAAGCGGAGGAUCCCAUUUAUGUGCUGGAGAACAACAUUCCUAUUGACACAAAAUAUUACCUUGAGAAUCAGUUGUCAAAUCCCUUGCUGAGAAUAUUUGAGCCUAUUUUGGGAGAGGCAAAAGCAACCUCUGUGCUUCUUAAAGGGCAACAUACACUCACAAAAACUAUUGUAACAUCAAAAGUGAGCAAGCUGGCUAUGUUUACUAAGAAGAGAGAAACUUGCCUUGGGUGUAAAGCAGUCCUUGACAACAAUUCUGCUGUCUGUAAACACUGUAAGCCUAAAGAGUCUGGUCUCUAUCAAAAGGAAAUUUCUCACCUGAAUGCAUUGGAAGAAAAGUUUGCAAGGCUAUGGACUCAAUGUCAAAAUUGUCAAGGCAGUCUGCAUGCUGAUGUACUGUGUACCAGUCGUGAUUGUCCCAUCUUUUACAUGAGAAAGAAGGUUCAGAAGGACCUCUGUGAUCAGGACAAACUCAUUCAGAGAUUUGGUGAUUGUACUUGGUGAUGACAGUUCCAUUUCAAGAAAAUAAUGAUUUUCUCAACAAACAUAUCAAGACAAAAAAGAGUGUUCAGAAUUGAAAAAGUGAUGAGUGCAACCCUGCAUGAAUACAUCUCACAUCAUGCAUGUAAAGUCAUUAAGGCAAAAGUCACACCCCAGAGCCCAAAGAAUCAUUAACUUGGAUAUUUUCAAGUGUUUAUAACUCAUUUGUGCAAUAAAUAAUAGAAGCAA